ACUUCAACUUCAACAACAUGGUUUCCAAAGCUUCAAGAAUCAAUCUUGAUCUUGGCCUCCUUUUUUCUUCAUUUCUUCAUAAAUUGAUGUCUAAUCAUGCAAUUUUGAUGAAAAAGUUUCGAUCUUUAUCGAGUUUUAGCUCGUGAAACUCGAAGGUUUCGGUUUCUGUAAGCUUAAAGAUUCUGAUUUCACCCGAAAAAAGAUUACAGUUGUUGGAGUUCCAGUUAGCCGAAGAUUGGGGACUACGGUAAUAAGUCAAUGGCUGACGUUCGAUCGGCUGACGAAUGGCUUUCGUAUGCUAAAGAUCUUGUUCCGGUGGCGUUGGAGAAAGCCCGAGAGGUUAAGGAGUUUCCUGGAAGAUGGAAGAUGAUCGUAUCUCGAUUAGAGCAAAUCCCGUCUCGUUUAUCGGAUUUAUCGAGCCAUCCGUGCUUCUCGAAGAACAUGUUAUGUAACGAGCAAUUAGAAGCGAUUUCCAAGACUUUGAAUGAAUUGAUCGAGUUGGCGGAGAUUUGUUCGACGGGGAAGUAUGAUGGGAAGCUUCGUAUGCAAAGCGAUCUCGAUUCGUUAUCGGGGAAACUCGAUUUGAACCUUCGAGAUUGUGGGCUUUUGAUCAAAACCGGGGUUCUUGGUGAAGUUACGAUGUCGUCGGAUCUUGAAGGUACAACUCAUCGAAGCAGCGAUAUUCGGGAAUUGCUUGCUAGGCUGCAAAUUGGUCAUCUGGAAGCUAAACAUAAAGCUCUUGAUAGCCUUGUUGAUGUGAUGAAAGAAGACGAAAAGACUGUUUUGUCCAUCGUCGGUCGUAGCAAUAUUGGGGCUUUGGUACAACUCCUCACUGCAACGUCUCCAAGAAUCCGAGAAAAAACCGUUACUUUGAUCUGUUUGUUGGCAGAAUCCGGUGGUUGCGAGAGUUGGCUCGUUUCUGAAGGUGUUCUUCCGCCACUAAUCCGGUUGCUCGAGUCCGGAAGCUCAAUCGGUCGAGAAAAAUCCGCGAUCGCCCUUCAGAGAUUGUCUAUGUCGGAAGAAACGGCACGGUCGAUAGUGGGCCACGGCGGUGUCCCGCCGCUAAUCGAUAUUUGUGAGACAGGUGAUUCCGUUUCUCAAGCUUCCGCCACCUGUACUUUGAAAAAUCUAUCCAUUAUCCCAGAGAUCCGCCAAACCCUAGCCGAAGAAGGCAUUGUAAAGAUCAUGAUCAGUGUGCUCGAUAGCGGGAUCCUGUUGGGAUCGAAAGAAUACGCAGCUGAAUGCCUGCGGAAUCUGACCUCGAGCAAUGACGACCUUAAACGAUGCGUGAUUGCCGAUGGUGGAGUCCGGAGUCUGCUGACGUAUCUUGACGGACCGUUACCUCAAGAACCAGCGGUCGCAGCGGUACGAAAUCUCGUCGGGUUAGUCUCGGUGGAAUCCCUGAUCUCGCUCGGGAUCCUUCCAAGACUCGUCCACGUUCUCAGAUCCGGAUCGAUCGGCGCCCAAAAGGCCGCCACAUCAUCCAUAUGCCGUAUCUGCAACACGGUCGAAGUGAAAAAACUCGUGGGCGAAAGCGGGUGUAUCCCAUUACUAAUCAAAUUACUCGAAGCAAAAUCGAACGGAUCCCGAGAGGUGGCGGCUCAGGCCAUUGCUAGCCUAAUGACCGUUCAAUAUAACCGUCGAGAGGUAAAAAAGGACGAGAAGAGCGUCCCGAGCCUCGUUCAGUUGCUCGACCCAAGUCCGCAAAACACUGCAAAAAAAUACGCCGUGUCUUGCCUCAGUUUGCUCUCGUCGAGCAAAAGGUGUAGGAAACUGAUGGUUUCCUACGGUGCAAUCGGGUAUCUCAAGAAACUCAGCGAGUUGGAGAUACCCGGUUGCACAAAGUUGCUAGAAAAAUUGGAAAGGGGGAAAUUGAGAAAUUUAUUUGGGAAAAAAUAGGUUUAAAUUUGUAGUUGUUUCAUUAUCUUUUAUGAAACAUUAGUAGUCGAAUCGAAUGUAUGAAUGAAUUA